UGAACAGCAUGCAGGCAUGUUUAUGAUGAAUUCGACAUUUAUGAAGUGUAUGAAAUGCGAAUGUCUGCUCCCACAGGACCCCGUGGUUUAAUGGAUGGGGCUUUAACUUACCUCGCGGCCAGUCUCUCCUCGAUAAGUGGAACCAGAUCCCUGAAGAUGUGGAUGUUCUUAUGACACACGGGCCUCCUCUGGGGUUCAGAGAUUGGGUUCCCAAAGAACUUCAGAGAGUUGGCUGUGUGGAACUACUCAACACCGUACAAAAGAGGGUCCGACCCAAACUCCACGCAUAUGGGGGAAUCCAUGAAGGUUACGGCAUAAUGACAGAUGGCUAUACAACAUUUAUCAACUCCUCCACAUGUACAGUCAGCUUCCAGCCUACCAAUCCUCCAAUCAUAUUUGAUCUCCCCAACCCAGGAAACUCCUGAGACUCAUUGGAGCCCCGCCCGCUUUUUUCUACAUAACUCUUCUCUACUUAAAAGUACUAGUCUUUUUGUACUGCUUGUAUUUAAAAAUGCAUGGAAAUGAAAUAUUUUUUAAAGUCGGAUUGAAGCCGACACCGUUUGAAUGAAUAUUGUAGGUGAAUUCAUAUUUGUAACUUGUUUGCAUCAGUUGCCUUUUGAUUUUCCUUUUUUAUUGGUCAGGAUCUUAAAAAGUGCAUUAUAAAGGUACUCCUAAAAGCAUCAGCAAUACUUGAUCAUGUCUGAUUUAAUAUUAAUUGUGCUUUGUAAAUUUAAUAUAACUUUAUUUAAUGUCAUGAACUCCUUGUGUGGUGUAUUGUUGAAGGGUCCAGUGAGUCUGAUAUUUAUUGCUCCAAUCAGACUUUGCACUUUUCUAAUCAAGAAGACACAUCUUUAUCUACCAGGCCAUUAAACACCAUAAGACACAUUUUUCCUCUCAACAUAAAAAACGGUGGCACAGUUUGUCAAAAGAUGGAAGUGAUUUUGUGUUGUGAAUUGAAUUUUGCAUUAUCGCUGUGCUGCUUUUGUCCUUUACGUAGUUUAGAAGAGGCUGAAUGUGCAAAUUCUCCAGAUCAUAAAGAAACCUGGUCUGGCUUUGCAUUUAGCACAUAUUAAAAGUGGACGAGAUCUUUCAAUAUGACUAUAGAAAUAUUACAAUCUGCGUCGGAGAUAAAUUUGAUACCUCCCUGAAAAGUUUCAAACCCAAUUGUUUAUCCUAGAUUUGAAAUGCCUUCACAUUCCACUGGUUUCAAAACUGGAAAAAAACAUUACACUAACCCCUUUCAUUUCUCAUUGUUGUAAUGAUGUGUAUUGUAUAUUUCACAGUGGAUCUGCAAUCGUUUGAGCACAUUUUUAAAAAAAUUUAAUUUCUGCUAUUGUAAAUGCUUUCUUUAUAUGUUUUGUGACCCUUUUUUUAUCCAUUGUGACAUUUAGCCAAGUUUAUAUGCAAAUAAAACGGCAAGAUUUGUAUCUGA